AUAUGCCAUCCUCCAUGAUUUCGGCACUCUUUCAAUUUUUCAAUGAAAAUUUAUAUAUAUAUAUGUAUGUAUAUAUAUAAUUCUGCUGGUAUUAUGGAAUAUAUUCAGUUUCUUCCCCAAAGCAUCUGGUCACUGUCAGAGAUUAUUCCAUUACCUAGCUAUGCCAAUGUCUACAUUUCUUAUAUUUUGGUUCCUAUAGUCUGCAGAAGUACUUGGCUUUGAACUUCAGAUAGCCUAACUGGGCUAAUCGUACUGUGUCUUCAGCUCCAUUUAUUAUUUAAAUUGACCUUGAUGAAACUGAAAAAUGCCCGACCUGCCAUCUGGCUACAGCUGAAUCAAGGACUGUUCCUGGGUCCCUCUCUGACAGUCAUUAGCAUCUGUUAGCAUAACAACAGUGCUAUAUAGCUGAGCGUCUAUCUAAAAUCUCAACUGCUGAGGGUUAGCAGAGUUAAGGGAGGAUUACAGCUAUUUUUAUGUAUUUUUUAACCCAAGUCUCUAGGUUAAAGUUAUCAGUCAGACUAGGAUAAGCACAUGUGCUCAGGGUUUAGUUAAUGAAUUUACAACUUCGUUAGAAACCAUAACUGGACUGCAGAGGCCAGCAGUUUACAUAUACGAUCUGGUCAAGCUGGCAGCGGGGACUUCUAAUAAUUUGCAAGGUAGAGGAACACGAGUUAUAAACCCAGAAUAGUUACUUCUAUGUUCCUUUUAAGCUUCUACAUGAAUAAGUACAGCAGAAUUGUAAGGGCAGUAGUUCCAUAUUCUAGCACAGACGUUCCAACACCACCUUGCUGAUUUUUCUGAAAUAUCUCAGGGAAGUCUGAAGUCGAUCGAAGGUUGCUAUUAGUUGGAAGGCAGCAUAAAUGUGAAUGAAAGGAGAAAAAACUAAUUCUAGCAAAAAGGGCUGAGUUUUGGAACAAAGAGUCAUAAUCAUCCAGUCCUUGCCUGCAGACAUUCAGUGUAAUUUUUCCAUUAGGUAGCAGGGUCCCUAUAACAUAUAUUUCUGUGCAUCAACACACAUUUUUGCAUCACAAAUGUUAAACACAGGACAAAAGAAAUUGUAAGGAAGAGCUGGGAGGAGUUGAAGGAAAAACAUUUCUGUCUCUUGGUCUAGCUGUUGUACGAAAUGAAACCCUAAUGAAGUUCUAUGUCACAUUCCAAUAUGAUUUUUUUUUUAACUGUGAAAAAGGGCAAUUGUUCUUUUACCCUGUUCUAAAUGAGCCUAACCGAGGAGGGUGCUAUACCAGAUGACCUCCAGAGGUCCCUUCUCAAAAUUAUUUGACGAUGUCAAGCAACAAGAUUGAAAUUGUCUUCGAACAGGCAUCCGGAUUAUUUUAUCCACGUGGAAGAGGAAGAAAAUAUCUGUACUGUUGCACUCCCACUUGCAGUAUGAUGGUUUUGGGUGUCCUCCAUUGUUUGAAUACAAAACUUUCCUAUUAUAAAAAAGCUGCUGUAUCGAGUGACACAAUAUAUCCUACUGCACAGAACUACAAAUAUUUCCCAUUCAGGUGGCGCCUUCCUUCCACACACAAAAGCUAUCUAGCCGUGCCGUUAACAAUAGCAGUGCAUUGUGUACGGUAAGGUAGCGGGCCUCCUGGGCAGCAUGUGGGUGUGGGAAGAGGAAAGCAGCCCAGACUGCGGGGCGAGCAGGCGGAGGGAGCUGCUGGGCUGCGCCUGCAUUCGGUGCGUUGCCCCUUUAAUUGUGUCCCCAGCCCUCGGGCGUCUCUGUCCAACGCCCACGUCAGCAAAUACCUUUUGUUUCUCUCACGUUCGGGCUGCCAGGGCUCGGGGCUGCGCGACCAGCACGGCGCCGUGAGCCGCAGCGAGCCCCGAGCGGGGGCCGGGACCCCGCAUCCUCCGCCUGCUCCUCCCGGCCGAGCGGCAGCCGCCCGCGGAACCCAGCCGAGCAAGACUUCCUGUUACUCCCUCACUGGAAUGGAGAUUUCUUCCCAUCAGUUUCACCUCCUAGAGCAGUUAAAUGAGCAACGGAAGCAAGACUUAUUUUGCGACUGCAGUAUCCUGGUGGAGGGGAAGGUCUUCAAAGCGCAUCGAAAUGUCCUGUUUGCCAGUAGUGGAUAUUUCAAGAUGCUGCUUUCACAGAGCUCCAAGGACACGAGUCAGCCAACAAUAGCUACUUUCGAGGUCUUCUCUCCAGAGACAUUUAUGGUUAUCCUGGACUUUGUGUAUUCAGGCAUAUUGCCUUUAACUGGUCAAAAUGUGAUUGAAGUGAUGUCAGCUGCUAGUUAUCUGCAGAUGACAGAUAUUCUUAAUGUCUGCAAGACAUACAUUAAAUCCUCUCUGGAUAUUAAUGAAAAGGAGAAGGAUCAAUACCUUAGCCUUUCAGCCAAAAGUACCAACAGCGAACCUGCUCAUCCAACUCUUUAUCGGUCCAGAAGAAAAGCAAAGAGCAACCCAAGGCGUUCCUAUUCAAUUCCAGAUGAAAAGGCUAACAUGGUGAAUGAAAACUCAUGGAGUAGUUACAGCAGCUACCUGUCCUCACAGAUGAUUCUUCAGCGGGCAGACACACAGCUAUCAAAGAGGGGCAGAAAACAGAGCUCAACGAGAAAGCGCCGAAAGCAUCUAGGAUUGUCCCAAACUCGUGAUUUUGGGCAGUGCAAAUCAAACAAAGCCGAGCGGGCUGGCGAAGGUUGCAAUGCAUCGGACUCUAGUCACCUCUCUCGGGCUAGAGAGGAAGCUGAUUUUGAUGCAGAGAAUGAUGUUGAUCAUAAUGAUUAUGGAUAUAAUCACGAAUCAGAAGUAAUACCGAAGAGGUGGUCUGUUGCUCAGCUAGAACAAGAACUUUCGCGAACUUCUCCUGAGUUCAUGGAAUUAAAAGCAGAAGAACUGUACACCUCAGUGCCCACAGUUUUAGGUGUAAUGAGUAGUUGGAAUGAAGAUGACCUACCUCGGAUGCGAUUCAAGUGCCCCUUCUGCACACACACGGUGAAACGACGCGCAGACCUGAAGCGACAUCUUCGGUGUCACACAGGGGAGCGACCGUACCCAUGUGAAGCGUGUGGGAAGAGAUUCACUCGACUGGAGCAUUUACGUAACCACUUCCAAACGAUACAUCAAGCUGGCAAACUUAUCUGCAGAAAAUGCAAGCGGCAUGUAACUGACCUAACAGGAUGUGUUGUUCAGCAAGGAACAAGACGCUACAGACUGUGCCAUAAGUGUCUAGCAGAAGCUAAUUUUGACAGCAACCCUGAUGAUUUAGAUGCAGAACAUUCUCCUGUCUCCUCCACAGGAAACAAACAUUCCAGUUGGGCCUUGGAAGAGGAACAGAAAUCAGAUGAUGAAACAAUGGAGGAACCGUAUAACUUGGUUGUCCGACAUGUUAGUAGUGAUGAUACUCCGAAUGAGGCAGAUGAAAAGGUGAAACCAAAUCUUAGGUAGAUAUAUUUGUAUAUUUGUUAUUGCUGUAUUCAAGAUUAAAUUACUUGUGUUUUACCAACUAAUGCUGGUUUAUUAGUUCAUUAAAUAUUGUUAAAAUGAUGUUGUUAGAAACAAAAUAGGGCUACAAACAUGUUGCUUUGUACUCACAGACACACAACAGUGUAACUGCUUCUAAACAUCAUCCAGAAAUUACUUAUUAUCUGGAAACUAUUUAGAAAAAUUGCUUUAUAUUUCUUUGAAGACUUACUCAGAGCUCUGGUUCAUAAGGAAAGUAUAAACUAUUUUACAGUUCCACAAGGAAGAUUCUAUACUACAUAGAUUUAAAAAAAUGAUAAUUUGCUUUGAAAAAGUCUUACAAAAGCAUCUAAGAAAUGUAAAACAAUUUUGUUGACACUGUAACAUGUAUAUACACUUAAACUUCCUAAGAAAGGAGUAAACAAAUAGAAUUCUUCCUGCCAUACUGCAGCUUUGUUUUCUGAUCAAUCUGUUCCUCAUAGUUCUGAAAAGCAUGAACCAUUUUAAAGAAUAAACACUGCCAUACAGAGUAGAAUAAUGAACAGCACAUCUGUAGUGCAUUUCCAUAGUAUGAGUUUGCCUUUUCAGGUAUGAAUUAUUUUUUUUUUUGUACUAUGAAUUUAAAGCAAAGAUAAAUUAACAUGGUUCCAAGGAAAUAAAAGCGCAAUCACUGGAAGUACA